AUGUCUGCUGAUUUCUGGAACUCCACGCAACGAUCCCAAUGGCAGUUCACCAGGGAGUCGCUUGCCCAAGCCCGCAAGAACGUUUUGGCCAUCGAGAAGAAGAUGGGGGAAAGGGGCGAGAUUUCACAAGUUAACAUCCCUUACCACACCUACAUGCGGAUAUUCUUGCAUCAGUUGAUUUUGAAGCUUGGCAGGAGAAUUGCAGUGAGGCAAAUCGCCAUCGCCACAGCGGAGGUGUACACCACGCGCUUCCUCACACAGGCAUCUAUAAAGGAGACUAAUCCUUACUUGCUCGUCACCACCUGUCUAUAUCUAGCAUGUAAGAUUGAGGAAUGCUCGCAGCAUAUCCGGACUAUUGUCAACGAAGCGCGGAACCUCUGGCCCGAGUAUGUGCCGCACGAUGCCACCAAAGUGGCUGAAUUUGAGUUCUACUUGAUACAGGAACUAAACUCAUAUAUGGUUCUUCACCAUCCGUACCGCUCGCUAUUGCAGAUCAAUGACGUCUUCAAGGAACUUGCCGGCAUACGCAACUCUGACCCACACCCCGAGGAUGCCAGUCUCGUGUUGUCCCCCAACGAACUCCAGAAUUGCUGGUCAAUUAUCAACGACUCAUACAUCACAGAUCUCCACAUUCUCUACCCACCGCAUAUCAUCUCUGUCGCCUCUGUCUUUAUGACCAUCGUGCUCCAGCAGUCUAGCCCUAACCAGAACUCCUCUGACCCAGCCAACUUUUCGCUUGGGCUUGACUCCACCGAUGGCUCCCUGUAUUUUUCAUCGCAUUCGCGGACACUCCACUCCGCCAUUCCCGAGGUAAACCCGUUUACCGGUCGUGUAGAGGCUUCAACGGUGCUUUCUGAGCCUUCAGCGCGGAUCACCAUGUUCACUAGGUGGCUUGGGGCUACCAAUGUGGAUUUGGAGGAGGUGAUUGAUGCGAUUCAGGAGAUGAUUGUGUUGUAUUCCAUGUGGGAACACUAUGAUGAGUCGCAAAUCAAACGUUCAUUGAGUGUGAUGCUUCUAGGGAGAUGA